AUGUAUAUAAUUUACCUCAGUUAUUAUUCCCCGUUCAACAAUAACAAAAAUUUCUGUUUGGCCUUGCAGCUCGCCAAAGAUCUGCUGUUUCCCACCUCUGAGGAGGAGAGAAGGAGACACAAGAAGAAACGUAUCGUGCAGAGUCCAAAUUCCUAUUUCAUGGAUGUCAAAUGCCCAGGUUGCUACAAAAUCACCACCGUGUUCAGUCAUGCUCAGACUGUGGUGUUGUGUGUCGGCUGCUCAACGGUGCUCUGCCAGCCUACGGGUGGUAAAGCUCGCCUUACAGAAGGAUGUUCGUUCAGGAGGAAACAACACUAA